AUGACGCGGCGAAUUCUCAUCGCGAUAGCAGCUCUAAGCUCGACUACGGCUUCAAUGACCUCUGGAACUCCAUUGGUCUCAUCUCUAGACGCUUCAUACGUUGUUCAACUUCAUGGAACUCGUGACAUUUUCUCUCAUCCAAAAGACGUUGCUCUUAUGCGGUCUCAGUUCAUGACAACCACGUCUGGUCAAACGUUCGAGUGUUUUCUACCACCUCUUCCUCAUUUUACUCAUGAAACAGAAGAGAUUGAGACAUUUAAUCCAGUAUUUACAAAAGAGAAUGAAGAGAAACAUUAUGCAGAUGAUUUCUUGGCAAAAGGACGAGCUGCAGCAGAGAGAAUGCGGUCGGAAUGUAUUUACUACACAGACAGUACGAACACGCGGCUCUAUGAGAUCUGUGUGGGCGUUAUGAUUCGUCGCUUGAGUGUUUAUGAAGAGAAAGAGCAAGUUGAAGCGACCGGAACAAUGUCGAAAACAAAUACAGCAGAAAUAGCUCGACAUGAAGUGGAAGAACUGGGCGUUUUUGUGACAGACACGAGUCGCUCUGCUCUCACGUACGACGAGUUUAUCAUUUCAGAGAUGCAGGACCGAGUCAAGAAUCAUCUCAAUCCGUUGUUUACGCAGAAUUAUGGCAAUGAGAAUCAAGAUAUUCAGGUGCAGUUUAUCUGUAUAGCUACUGCACAAAAUGACGAAGUGUCGGCUAUAAAAUGGCGAGAACAUUCGACAAUGGACAGUUGGCGUGAUAUCGCCGCGUUUUUAGUUGGUUCGCAAAAAUUUUGCGACUUACAAGACUCGGAAGCAGAUAGUAACGAUUUGGUUGCUGUGCGCUCGUUGCUACAGCCACUGGAGGACGCACACACGUGCAUAACUCGGAAUGAAGGCUGGUGGACAUAUGAGUUUUGCUUUGGACGCUCGUUGAGACAGUAUCAUCGUGACAGCGAUGGUCGUAUUACGGCCGAGUUUUCUCUGGGUACGUUUGAUGAAGAAGGUAAUCGCGAGUUGGAACGUUUGGGCUCGGCAUUGGUCUCGGAGCACAUUGAUGCAACUCAUGACGUGUCACGUCCUGCGUACUUGGAGUUAUACGAUCACGGGACCUUUUGCAAAGAAUUUGCGCAUCACGCACCGCGAAAGGCAAAGGUGUUUUAUUAUUGCAGUCAAGGUGGUACGAGUCACCAUAUUCUGAUGGUCAAAGAGACGCAGACGUGUAUGUAUACGGUCAAAGUGUCUUCCCCAGUGUUAUGCGACCACCCGCACUUCCUCAACGAUGAGCAGACAAGCAAUCCAGCCGCCGAGAUAUUGCACUGCAUCCCGGUGACAGAGACUGCUGUUACCGUGACGGAGUAG